AUGCCUCUGGAGGACAAUAUUCUCCGAGAAGUCUGGGCCUCCGAAAGUGAGCUGGAGGAGGAAUCUGGGAGCCCAGAGCUACAGACGCGCCCCAAACAGCGUCUCGCCGCAGGGCAGAAGCCGAGAAAGAAGCGGCCUGAAACCCAGGAGUGCCCCAGCCCCGCCGAAGCCAAACCCCGGAGAACCGGGAAGAAGGAAGAGGAAGAAGAAGAUGAGGAAGAAGAGGAGGAAGAAAAAAAGAAAGAGAAAGUGGCUCUUUUAAAACCUUCAAGGAAAGUCCCCAAAGGGAAAACAAAUGGAGACACAAAAGGAAAAGGGAACCGCCUUCAAGGUAAGAAAGGAGAUCUGGGAAGCCCUGCUGUCCCCCGGAAAACUAUCCGAAAUAAGAAGAAGGAGGCAGCAGCAGGGGGUUCAACUGGGGAGGAACCCAAGAUAAGAAAAGUCAAGAAGAAAGAAUCUGAUGAGGCUGAAAGGGAGUCCUUAGGGACACCUACUGGAAACAGAAAGAUACCAGUGUCCAUGUUCCAGGUUGGAAGAGAGGGCCCUACAGAAAAACCAUUGAAGAAGAAAGCUUCCCCCAAAGUCCCAGAAGCUGAGAGUGAGGAGGAAGAGGCAACAACCAAGAAUAGCAACCGAAAGGGAAAAGGGAAGGGGAAAGGAAAAGUCCCAAAGAAGGAAGAGAGACCCCCAUCACCUCCCAUCGAGGUGGAUGACCCCAAGGAAUUUGUGCUGCGCCCAGCACCACAGGGCAGGACUGUGCGGUGCCGGGUAACUCGGGACAAGAAGGGAAUGGACCGGGGAUUGUACCCCUCCUACUACCUGCACCUGGACAGUGACCGGAAGGUAUUCCUCCUAGCUGGCCGAAAGCGGAAACGGAGCAAGACUGCCAAUUAUCUCAUCUCUGUUGACCCCACCAACCUAUCUCGGACAGGGGAAGACUUCAUUGGCAAGCUCAGAUCUAAUCUUAUAGGAUCCCGAUUUACUGUGUUUGACAAUGGAAAGAAUCCCCAUCAUGGAGGUGCAGAUGUGGCAACCUACCGACAAGAAUUGGCAGCUGUCAUCUACGAGACCAACGUUCUGGGCUUCCGGGGGCCCCGUCGAAUGACAGUCAUCAUCCCAGGGAUGAGCUCAGAAAAUAAGAGGAUCCCAAUCCGGCCCCGAAAUGCUAGCGAUGGGCUUCUAGUGCGCUGGCAGAACAAGACAAUGGAGAAUCUGAUAGAACUACACAACAAGACACCUGUAUGGAAUGAAGAGAGUGGCUCUUACACCCUCAAUUUCCAAGGACGAGUCACCCAGGCCUCUGUCAAGAACUUCCAGAUUAUACAUUUGGAUGACCCUGACUAUAUUGUGCUGCAGUUUGGCCGGGUGUCAGAAGAUGCAUUCACUCUGGACUAUCGAUACCCACUUUGCGCCCUACAAGGCUUUGCUAUAGCCCUCUCCAGCUUUGAUGGGAAGCUGGCCUGCGAGUAA